UGUAAAUAACAAAGACGUUCCACUUAAAAUCGAGAAUUAGUAAUUCAUAAAGAUCGCAUGGGAUUUAUUGAAUCUACAAGUUUGUGAUGUUAAUGUGAAGAAUAUACGAGUAACACGGACAAUAUGACUUUUGAAAGGAAAUUAAAUUGUAACAGAGACUUAACAGAUAAUACAGAAGAAUCUGAUAUUGGGUUACUGUGUAAAACCGUUCAACACUUAGACGAUCACGAUGCUAAGAGUGAAAAUAGGCAGAAACAAUCGUCUGUGAAGCGCAGGACUUGGAGCAGUAGGAAAGGCUGGAGGAAGGUGCUGAAGCGACAAGAGGCGGUCUCUCAUCUUAUGUCCAUGCUCCACAACAACAGUUUUGAUGCUAUAUCUAUACACAAGUUGUGUGAUGCAGCAGCCAAGGGCAACUUGGAUGAGUUCCAGCGGCUGUUUGAAGGGGACAAGACCCGACUAGAAGUAAGGGAUGGCAAGGGGCUGUAUCCGGUACACAAGGCAGCUGAGUUCGGCAGGAUCAACAUACUACAGUUCAUCGUCGAUCAGGGCGGAAAUCUGAACGCUACAGACAAGCUUUUGAACACGCCCCUGCAUGUGGCUGUGCGCACUGAACAGGUGGAAGCCGUGCAGUUUCUCCUCGCAAACGGAGCGGACCCAAGCCUCGUCAACGAUGAUGAAAUGGCACCCAUACACCUCGCCGUGGACAUAAAUGCUCGCAAGUCGCUCAAGGCAUUGCUGGCCAGUGAUAAGGUGGACUCGAAUCUUCGCGGGGAAAAGGGCAUGCGGGCGCUUCAUUACUGUGCGUACAAAGACAGAGCCGAGUGUGCCAAAAUGCUGUUGGAGAACGGGGCGAAGCCGUGUCAGAAGUGUGACAACGGUUUCUUUCCCAUCAACAUUGCCGGGAAGUGCGCUGCCGCAAAAACACUGGAAAUCCUUAUACAGCAUGUUGAAAAGCUCGGUUACAAGCGAGAAGACGUGCUGUCAUUCACGGACAAGGAGAACAAUAUGCCACUACACGGCGCCGUAAACAGCGGGGAUCUCAAGGCUGUGCAAGUGUGUCUUUCUGCAGGAGCACCUGUGGAUGCCAAACAAGAGGACAGUUCGACGCCGUUGCACUUUGCGGCCGCCCAGGGUAGCUCCGACAUGGUUCGUCUGAUGCACGAGGCCCAACCUGAACGCUUCCAAACUGCCAUCCACACGAAGGACAUCCUCCACAUGACGCCCCUUCACCGGGCCGCCAUCUUUGAUCACGUGUCCGUUGUCAAAGUUUUACUCGAACAUGGCUCAGAUAUCGAUGCCCGGGACAUCAAUAACCGGACGCCUCUGAUUCUCGCCUCAAACAAGGGUGGCUCCCGGACAGUGCAGCUGCUCCUGGAGGCCGGAGCCGACAUCUCCUUAAAGGACAAGGAGAACCGGAACUUCCUUCACCUGGCCAUCAAGAACGGCGUACCAAUCAGCAAUUUCGGAUGCGCCAUUAUAACAGGUCUAAAGAAUCUGUUAAACGAGCGGGACGAUAAUGGCUGCACGCCGCUGCACUAUGCCUCCCGUGAAGGUCAUCUGGUUGCUAUUGACGAUCUUAUUCGCCUUGGGGCUGUCAUCAAUGCCAAAGAUAAUGACAAAAAGUCACCACUUCAUUUCGCCGCAAGGUUCGGUCGGUUUAACACGUGUCGUCGGUUGCUGGACAGCGCAAUGGGCCCUAACAUCAUCAAUGAAACGGACGGAGACGGAAUGUCACCCUUACAUUUUGCCGCGCAGAACGGUCACACGAAAAUCAUCACCCUCCUCAUGCAGAAAGGCGCGUACGUUACAAAGGACAACAUGGACAACUCGCCACUACACCAUGCGGCUGCGAACGGCUUCACGCGCAGUCUGAAAUUACUCCUAACAGUUUAUCCAAACCUUCUAGAUUGUACCAAUAAAGAUGGGAGUACUGCGCUGCAUCUGGCUUCCAAAGAGGACCAUCCAAACGCAGUCGGGCUUUUGCUUUCACUGGGGGCUAAGAUGAUCACCAUUGACAAGAACGAUCAUACAUUUAUGGACAUCGCUCUGCAAGAGAGACAUUCCGAGGUUGCUUUUGCUGUAAUAAGACACGAUAGAUGGGAGCAGGCACUGAAAAUGUGUUCAAAGCAGUACGGAACAAUAAUGAACGGUUUGGUGCAAUGUCUCCCGGAUGUCUGUAUGGCGGCCCUAGACAAAUGUCAAGUUUCAUCAAAACAUGACAGAAAAAGCCGCGAUUUGAAUAUCCGCUACAACUUCAAGUACCUCCAGUGUCCGCUACGGUAUCUGAAAGGCAAAGAUAAGGACGGCCAGGAUCACACACCCAUGCUUGCCCUAAAUACAAUGGUCAGACACGGGCGUGUACAGUGUUUGUCACAUCCCGUCAGCGAAGCUUACCUUAACAUGAAAUGGCACGCCUAUGGCGCAUGGUUUCACAUCACAAACCUGAUCGUGUACGCCAUAUUUUUGGCCCUUGUCAAUGUCUUAGUCACUACCUGUACAUUCAGCCUCUCCGAUGUGCCUUCGCCAACUACACAAAAGCCUACAACACAACUUCCCGCCAAUUAUGAACAUUCCAACGUCACCAGUGAUUAUAAUAUCACAUCUAAUGUAACGUCAACUAUCUCAAUGACGUCAUCGUCGUCACCACAACCAUCAACGACUUAUCAUCCUAUUAGAAUUGCUUCAUGUAACUUUACCACCAUGCACAAGAUCUGCGUUUAUGUGGUUUUCAUCUUCUGCAUCCUAAACUUUAUAAAGGAAAUCGUGCAGAUGUUUCAACAGAAGAAGAAAUAUUUCGCGGACAUGACAAACCUGCUGGAGUGGAUUCUGUACUUCACCACACUUCUCUACAUAAGUCCGUUCAUCUCUAAUUCGGACGUCUCCUGGCAGUGGGCCGCGGGCGCGAUCGCCGUAUUUCUCGCCUGGUUCAACUGUCUUCUCUUUCUGAGAAGGUUUGAUUUCUUUGGGAUCUACGUGGUGAUGUUUCUGGAGAUCUUGAGGACACUGAUACAGGUACUCUGUGUGUUCUCCAUCCUCCUCAUCGCCUUUGCCAUGGCCUUUUAUACGCUUCUGAACGUAGAGGAAAAUCGUGCGUUCUCCACUCCUAGUCAAUCCUUGCUGCGUACAGCAAUGAUGAUGUUGGAGCUUGACUUCAUGGCGUCAUUCAACGAGCCUUACACAGACGAUGACGCCAGAACCCUUUACUUUGGCGGCGUCACCAUACUCCUUCUCGUCACGUUUGUUCUACUUAUGCCCAUCCUGCUCAUGAAUUUACUGAUUGGUUUGGCUGUUGGGGACAUCGAGUCAGUCCAGAAGAACGCCACACUUAAGAGAUUGGCAAUGCAGGUUGAGCUUCAUACGAGCCUGGAAAGGCGGCUUCCAUUAAAGAUUCUGGAUAUGGUCGACAAAUCCGAGCUUGUGUACUUUCCGAACAAGUGCUCCGGACGUUUUCAAGGAAUUUUGUCCAAACUGAUCACGAUAAGUGAAUUGCCGGAUGAUGACUCUGGACGGAUGCACCUUACCCACCAGAACCACAUGUAUGAGGAGCUGUACAAGCAGAAAGUCAGAAUUCGAGAUAUGUCAUCAAAACUUAACAAACAGAUGGACCUUCUACGUUUGAUUGUCCAGAAGAUGGAGAUUCAUACCGAGGACGACUUCCACGACGAGGGAAACUCUGCGACUCACUUGGACAUGGACAAACCCACUCGUUGGGCGCCUGCCAAACACAACAUCCUUCGCCAACAGGCAAUUAUGGCUCACUGGAAAGACAGCAUGACUGAUGAUUAGAUUGAAAAUUAUGGCAUUCCGAUUAUAAAGAUUCGAGUUUCUAAUUAUUAAGUAGUUGUCGUAACUAUUGUGAGUAUGUUGCUUAAAUCGUAAGAAAUCUUCAUCAAAAAUAAAAGUUUAAUUGUUGCCAGUGUUUACAAGUGAUAUUAUUUUGGAUUUUGAAAUACGUUUGUAAAAGGAUGAAAGUUAUUUGACAAAGUGGAUUGUGACAUAUCCAAAUCUUAACCUGUGACAAUAUUGUACAAUGUUGUACGAAAUGACUUUAAGAAGUUAUGUAACAAUUUAAUAUUUUAUACAUAUACUUGCCAUUUUACUUCAAAUUUUGUAUUUAAACACAUCAGUAAACUCUUAAACUAAUGUCUUUAAAUUAAAAAUCAAAUUGCAUUUUCAAGUUAACUCUAUUAGGGUUUUAAACUCAAUGAUUUAUUUAGAAGUUGUUGGGGGGGGGGGAUCCUGUGUAAUUACGUCGAUGAUUUUUUUAAGGUAAUUUUUUAGUUCAAAUAUCAUCAUCAGUAUCAUUUAAUUAUCAGAUGCCAGUUAUAUUUCUAGCAGUUUGUUUUAUAAAAUACUUCUUGGAAAACAUUUAAAACAAUAUGUUGUUCGAAUAUUAAGUUUAAGGCUGCUUAGAAGAACUUUUCAUAGUAUUAUGUUGUACUUUAUAAGUUAAGCUAACAUCAAGUUAUUAAAUGUUGUGACACCGUCGGGAUUGUUUUAGAAGAAAAAAACGACCGUUACAUUGUUAUGUUUUUGCAUGUGUUAUUCUGGUUUCAGAUGAACUUGUAUGAUAUCAUCAUUAUGUGAAAUUGUAAUGUCAUUUAUGCGAUAUUAUCAUUCUGCCAAAUGGACAGUGAAAAUGAGUCCCCUUUAGUACAACAUGACGUUUAAAAACUGGCACGAAUUUAUAUUUAAUUCAUGCAAAUGUUUUCAUUAUAUACUAUGUAAGACUUUGUUAAAUGUUGAACGUUUUCUUCUAUUAGAAAUAACCUUUAUAAGACCAAAUUCUGUAAAUUUCGAUUUUUAAAUAAAACAUACGAGUUGAGAA